UUUAACAAUAACAACUUGCUUGUUCAUGAAAUAAGUACAUUCCUAUGAGAGUUAUUACAUGUAUAUUAAAUUAUGUGAAUAUAACAUUUAUCAAAAAGCUAGUAUAAAUUUCAAACUCAUAGAAAUUAGCUUCUAAUUCAAAUAUUCAACUGCUAAGUACAUGAAUGCGAGUAUUUACCCUAAAGACCCAUUGCUGUCAUCGAAGAUACAUUAUGUUUUAGUUCCAUAGAAAUUUAGUUUCAUUAUGAAAAUACAUAUUGAUAAUCAAUGCAUGUAUGUACUUUAUUUGUGUCAUUUAAAGAAAACCUGUUUAUUAUGUGCAUAUAAGAAUGUCAUGCAUUAGUUUUUAAAAAUAAAUUUCUUUUCAGGCUACUGUAAGAAUUGCUAAUGAUGAUGAAUAAUCAUGAGUGGGAGAAGCAAAAGAAAAAAAGACAAAGAAAGGAAAAAGAAAAUUCGCUCAGAAAAUUUGGCGAAAAAUGCAGGUCUUUUCACCCAAAAUUAUGAAUCACAAUCAACUGCAGCAGAGCAAGACAAAAACUCAAGUUUUGAGGCAGAAAAACCAGACUGGUUGUGUAACUAUCUUUCACAACAACAGCAGUUUGAGAAACAAAGACUUACAAGAAAGCAACAAAUGAACAUUUGGUACCAACAAAAUAAAGAAAAGAAAAAACAGUAUGAAAGAAAUAGGUAUCAAGAUGAUGAGAAGGCCAAAAGAAAAAAGCAGUACAUGAGAGAACAAUAUUGUAUUCCAAAGAAUGCAGAUAAAAAGAAACAGAGGAUCAGGAAAAAUUACAGUAUUCCGCGGAUUGCAGAAAAAAUGAAACAGGGUAUGAAGGAAAAUUACAGUAUUCCAGAGAAUGCAGAAAAAAAGAAACAGAGUAUGAAAGAAAAAUACAGUAUUCCAGAGAAUGCUGAGAAAAAGAAACAGAGGAUCAGGAAAAAUUACAGUAUUCCGCGGAUUGCAGAAAAAAUGAAACAGAGUAUGAAAGAAAACUACAGUAUUCCAGAGAAUGCAGAAAAAAAGAAACAGGGUAUGAAAGAAAAAUACAGUAUUCCAGAGAAUGCUGAGAAAAAGAAACAGAGGAUCAGGUAA